AAGUGGGAGGUGGCACGAACCAAACAUUUACUCACGCCAGGGGCUUCCAGAGGAGCGCUGCAUGGAUCCGGGCUCAAGGCACACUUUCCGCCGCUUGCCCUGGAUGCUGUGCACACUGCGACGGGAGGCUGUAGCUGCUGCAUCCCUCAAACCCCAACGCGUCUGACCCGCACUGCCGACAGCUAAAAGCGGACGGAGGAGCAGCGGCGCAGCCGAGGCUCCGUGUACCGGUGGACAGAGAGCGAGCGCGCGGUGGAGAUGGAGCGGUGGAAGGGCAGAGUGGCCCUGGUGACCGGAGCCUCGGUGGGCAUCGGAGCGGCCGUAGCCCGGGCACUGGUCCAGCAAGGCAUGCGGGUGGUCGGCUGUGCCAGGAAUGUCGACAAAAUAGAGAAGCUCUCAGCGGAAUGUCAGAGUGCAGGCUACAGCGGCACGCUGAUUCCUUACAAGUGUGACCUGUCCAACGAGGAGGAGAUCCUGUCCAUGUUUUCAGCAAUCAAGACACUGCACAAGGGCGUGGACGUGUGCAUCAACAACGCCGGAUUGGCCCACAAUGAGCCCUUGCUCAGUGGAAAAACAGACGGUUGGAGGAACAUGAUCGACGUGAAUGUCCUAGCCUUGUCUAUCUGCACCCGAGAGGCGUACAAAUCAAUGAAGGAGAGGAAUGUGGACGACGGCCACAUCAUCAAUAUUAACAGUAUGGGUGGGCACCGAGUGGUCCCGAGUGCCGAUGAGCAUUUCUACUGUGCCACUAAAUAUGCGGUGACUGCGUUGACUGAGGGGAUACGGCAGGAGCUCCGCGAAGCAAACACCCACAUUAGAGCCACAUGUAUUUCUCCUGGAAUAGUUGAGACAGAGUUCGCUUUCCGGCACCACAACAGCGAUCCAGAGAAGGCAGCUGCAGUGUAUGAGAGUAUGAAAUGUUUGAAAGCCGAAGACAUAGCCAGCGCUGUCACAUUUGUCCUCAGUGCCCCUGCUCACGUCCAGAUUGGAGAUGUGCAGAUGAGGCCAGUAGAGCAGGUCUCAUAGCAGUCGAACUGGAAGCUGUGGGAGGAGCAGACCAGACGGCAGCCAUGGUGACUCCAUAGCGACCUCUGCUGGGCGAGGAUGGGGGUGGGUGAUCGUGGGGGGGUGGAGGGUUUUUAAAACAAAUCAACUACAGCUGUGUUGGAUCUGCAGGGACGUGGUCAGAGAGGGCUUGAGCCUUGAAGAGGCUGUGGCGAGGAAAUUAAGGGCAUGGACUUAACCACUGCGAAUAAUACUACUGAAUGCGGCGAGCCGGUAUUUGUGAAUUGUUGAGCACAGGCCCUGAACUGAGCUGAUUGCAACCGGCGGCAGGAACCAAUAACAGGAGAGAGUUGCUGCCGUGCUGCGUGGUCAUCCGCGCGACCAUCACCUCGGAGGGAAGAGUAUGCCAUCGAUUGCACAUGUUUGUCUGUUUUUGUAGGUCACAUGGCAUAUCCUUUUGAAAUUAAAUGGAGAGAGUAAUUGCUGUUUAUAAGAAUUACUUUCUUUCUAGUUUAAACUUUUUUUUUUUAUAAAUGUUUUAACUUUUGAUCAUAAAUAGAAGUGGUCCCAUAGACACUAACCGUAGACACUACUAUGUCUUACCUACUGUAACAAGCAUGAGUCAUGCUGCCACCUUUACUCACCGUGUGUUUUCACAAACGCAUUCAGUCACUCCUCGGCUUUCAAACACGCAUAAGGAGGAUAAGCACAGGUGGCAUUGUCUGUUCAGCACGUCUGUUCCUGCUAUCCACCUCUUUUGCCCGUGUAAUUUCACUUGUUCUGCACUUUGGAUUCAUUUGUGAGGAAUUACAAGGAAACAAUAACAACUUAUUUAGGGAUAAACUAACUCCGUGUACAUGUAUACCUUUUUAGAAAUGUGCACUUUACAGUGGACAUGUCUCCUUAAAUGAAUAAAUAAAAACAAUUGCCCGGAAGUGA